AUGGUUGAUUGUAUGUAUAACCCGGCGGCCCUUGAGGAUCCCAUCAAGUUACCCUCGACCGUUGCCAAGGCCGUGCGUUGCAAGUUUGUGAUGUCCAUCAUGCAGGAGUUCAUCGGGUUAGCAUCGGCAUCACUUCAGCCAUCCACGGCAGUGCCACGUGUGAUGUUCAUCUGUGAUGAUGAGUCAGCUUUGUUCGUCUCCGCUGGUCUCGUCCUCGUCAGGGCUGCUCUAGGCCCCCAUGUCGAGUUGGAAUGCUGCACUUAUAAUACCCUCAAGCAAAGAUUGUAA